AUGGCAGCAUUUAUUAGCUAUUUGAUUAUUCUGACAAAGUUUUUACUUUAUUUAAAUCUCUCUUAUUGCAUGGAGGUGGAUUUCUGCAUACCUGUGCGUGUGGAUCACCAAAAGCACGAGAAACAUCUGCACCGGCGCGCGGAGCAGGUGAAAGACAGACAGACUGUUUUCAGAUUGAGUGCAUUCAAAGAGGAAUUUUACCUCCACCUCACUCCGGAUUCUGCUUUCAUUGCACCGGGCAGCCUUCUGCCUGACAGCGAUUCCUCAGCAUCCAAUCCCUCCACCACCGCUGACCUUAGGGAAUGCUUUUACUCCGGGGAUGUGAACUCAGACCCGGACUCCUUCGCAGCGCUCAGCCUGUGCAAAGGUCUCCAUGGAGGAUUCUCCUAUGACGGCAUGGAAUAUUUCAUUAGCCAGAGCCGGACUGAGGACGCAGCUGCCGCGUCUGGAUUUGCCAACUCCUUCGACAGGACACAUGUGAUCCGCCGCCGGAGACGCGCUGCGCACACCGGCAACUUCACUAGCAGGUGUGGAGUUACACCUGACUCCAACUUCAACGUGUCCUUGGAGAAAUACAAACACAUGGGCGAGGUGGAGAUUGAUGGUUUAACUGAAACUGUGUUGAAAAGUUUGGGGAGGUCAAAGAGAUUCGCUUCCAUCCCCAGGUUUGUGGAGGUCCUGGUGGUGGCAGAUGAAUCUAUGGCCAAAUUUCACGGGGAUGACCUGAAGCAUUACCUCCUGACCCUGAUGUCAGUAGCAGCACGCCUUUACAAGCACCCCAGCAUUCUCAACUCAAUAAACAUAGUGGUGGUGGGCUUCAUGGUGAUAAAUGAAGCUGACAAGGGACCGAAGGUGUCCAGUAACGCUGCUCUGACUCUGCGCAACUUCUGUUCCUGGCAGAAGAAGUUGAAUAAACACAAUGACAAGCACCCGGACUACUGGGACACUGCCAUACUGUUCACCAGACAGGAUCUCUGCGGAGCCACAACCUGUGACACUUUGGGGAUGGCGGAUGUUGGGACCAUGUGUGACCCGAAGAGGAGCUGCUCUGUUAUUGAAGACGACGGUCUGCCUUCAGCGUUCACAACAGCCCACGAGCUCGGCCACGUCUUCAACAUGCCCCACGACAAUGUGAAAGCAUGCGAGGAGGUCUUUGGGAAACUGAAGGACAACCACAUGAUGUCUCCCACUCUGAUUCAGAUCGACAGGAGCCGGCCCUGGUCCGUGUGCAGCGCAGCCAUCAUUACGGAGUUCCUGGACAGAGGUCAUGGAGACUGUCUGCUCGACCAGCCUCAAAGGCAGCUCUCUCUCUCAGACAACCUGCCUGGUUCCAGCUACAGUCUGCACCGACAGUGUGAGCUGGCCUUCGGACAGGGAUCCAAACCCUGCCCGUACAUGCAGCCCUGCUCCAAGCUGUGGUGCACCGGGAAGGCUCGGGGUCAGCUGGUCUGCCAAACCCGGCACUUCCCCUGGGCGGACGGCACCAACUGUGGCAACGGGAAGGUCUGCUACAGAGGAGCCUGCGCGGACAAGAACGCCACCAUGCACAUCCAGGUGGAUGGCAAGUGGGGGAAGUGGGGUGCAUUUGGAGACUGCUCCCGUAGCUGUGGUGGAGGAGUUCAGCUGGCCAAGAGAGAGUGCAACAACCCUGUACCUGAAAACGGAGGCAAAUACUGCUACGGCCUUCGAGUCAAAUACCGCUCUUGUAACCUCAACCAGUGUCUUGAAACGGGUAAGAGUUUCCGCGAGGAGCAGUGUGAGGCAUUCAAUGGCCUCAACCUGAACACCAACAGACUGGGCUCCUCUGUGGUCUGGGUUCCCAAAUACUCCGGCAUCUCUCCCAAAGACAAAUGUAAGCUCAUCUGCCGCGCCAACGGGACGGGAUACUUCUACGUCCUCGCUCCAAAGGUUGUGGACGGGACGCCCUGCUCCCCUGAUACCUCCGCCGUGUGUGUUCAGGGGAAAUGCAUCAAGGCCGGAUGUGACGGCAAACUGGACUCCAACAAGAAGUUUGACAAAUGUGGUGUGUGUGGCGGGGACAACCAGGGCUGCAAGAAGGUCUCAGGACUGUUCACCAAACCCAUUCAUGGCUAUAACUUUGUGGUGAUGCUACCCAUCGGAGCCUCUAAUGUCGACAUCCGUCAGCGUGGAUACCGAGGGAUGGUCAGUGAUGAAAACUACUUGGCGGUGAAGAACCGCUACGGCAAGUACCUGCUGAACGGUAACUACGUGGUGUCGGCGGUGGAGCGCGACCUGCUGGUGAAGGGAAGCCUGCUGCGCUACAGCGGCACCUCCACCUCUGUGGAGAUCCUCCAGGCCACCAGGCCGCUGCAGGAGCCGCUGACUGUGGAGGUGCUCUCUGUGGGGAAGAUGACUCCUCCCAGGGUGAGGUACUCCUUCUACAUCGCCAAGGAGAGCAAGGAGGAGAAGACUCUACGGAAAGAGGAGAGGAGCCACGCGGCGCAGAACAGCGUCUUGUCAGACAGUAACAGGGUGGAGGCGAAGAAGCAGAUGAUGGGGAAGAGGCCCGUGAGCCACUGGGUGACAGGAAGUUGGGAUUCUUGCCCGGUGACCUGUGGGAGCAGUCUGCAGAAGAGGCUGGUGCAGUGCCAGGGCAUGGACGGGCGUCCUGCGGUGGACUGCGACAGCGCCGACAGGCCUGUGGCCUCCAGAGCGUGUGGAGAUCCCUGCCCCAUGUGGGAUGUAGGAGUGUGGUCUCACUGCUCCAAGUCCUGUGGGAGGGGCUUUAAAAGGCGACCAGUGCGCUGCAUGACAGACAACGGCAUGCAUCUACCCAGAGACCACUGUGCUGGAAGGAGGAAGCCUCAGGAACUGGACCUCUGCAACCUGAGGCCAUGUUAGAGCGAAGCAGACACAGCCUGAGGACUUCUUUUGUCAGUCAAAUUGAUGAUUUGACAUGAACCUUAAGCCCUAAUCAGCAUAACUGAAGAGGCUGUGCUGAGUGGAUACUCUCUGAAGCAGCCUUACAGCGCCUGUAGGGCGUCUGCUGCAACAAAGAGAGCUAGUGGAGACAGAGAGGGUCUUCCUCUGUUGUUUGAAGACACAGACUUCUGUUAAGACAAGAGGGACAAACUGUUGAACCCUCUGCAGCCGGUUUGUCUACCUCGACCAGGAGCGACGACACAGUGCCUGAGCAUACAGAGAGGAGGAAGAGGAUGCAGAGAUCUCAGACUGAACAGAUAUCUUACUCCUUCUGUAGUGACGUUUAUGGGAUGAGAUAAAAAACAUGAGGGAAAUUAAAGUUCAGGACACAAAGACAAAGUGUAGUGAGGAGAAACUCGACCGUCUGCAGACACACUGCAGUUAUCUCACCUGUGAAACGACAUUUUCUCAUUUCACUGAACAAAAUGUGAAGCAGUACUGUAUCAUUCAUGCAGGUCCAUGCAGUUUUAUAUCUUUUCUAUUGUUUUAUUUUCAUCUUUUUUAUUCUCAAAGACAGCAGCGAUCAUUUCACAGCGACUUCAUCUUAACAAACGGCUUUACCAGCUUUAUAUCCUGCAGUCUAAGACACACGCUAUGCAUAAGUCUCAACUUUAUAUACGUCUCUCACCAAAAUCAAAGAACUCCUUAUUUUUAACUUGGACCAAAAACUCAAAGGACACUUUUAAUAAGAGGGAAACAAGUGUAGUAGAGGUAAGGUGUGAUAAUACUCUGUAGUGAAUGUACGUUACACUUUUUGAAGCGGUGCAUCAAUAAUGCAUCCACGUCUGUUCUGUGUAAACCAAACUGAGCACACUUACCUGUUUGCUCUACGUUGCCAAAGAAUCAAAGACGCAUUAGUACUGCUUUAACGGACAGAAUCAGUGCUCACAUAAAUUAAAUCGUUUCAUUUGACUACAGAUUACAAUCCUGUUCUUUAACAUCAUCUGCAUUGUGUUCCUCUAAGGCUUUUGACUGUCAAACACUCACCAACUGGAGCUGAAAGGUGACUGAUAGAGCCAAACAACCAAUUCAUCAAGACAGAAAACCAAAUCUGUGAGGGGGGGAUCAGACAAAAGAAGGGACCUUAAGAUAUCAAUCUGUGCUUCAGGAUUUAGUAUUUUAUGACAUUUGAAAGAUCAGGUGUUUGUUUUGGAAGAACCAUGAAGGGUUUGAGGUGUGUAGAUUUCUCAAACCUCUCCAAAAGCAUAGAUCACUUCUGACUACAAACUAUUGCUGAAGUAAUUUUCAAUUGCAAAGCAAUCUCAGAACACAUCAGCAAUCAUUUGUUGAUGAAACUGGGAGCGACAGACAACUUUUUUGAGGCUCCAGUUUAGCUAGCGGUUAACAAUGAAGGACCUCCAACCUUCCUUUUCAGUGCAUUGUUUACAGACUGAGCAGUAAUUCUAAAAAGCAAGAUUAAAAUUGGUGUUCACAAACA